AUGGCGACAGUGAAUCUUAUUCCGGUGGUCUUGAUGGCUGGCAGAAAUAAUCCGCUAAUCUACCUUCUACAAAUCUCCUACGAUACUUUUAACCUGCUUCACCGGUGGCUUGCGCGCAUUGCUGUUUUGGAGAGCUUUGCUCAUGUCUUUACCUGGUGUAUUCCUAAAGCGCGACAUGACAAGCGUCCCACCAGAAUAACUAACCACUUGGAAAAACGAAAGCGCACCGCACGCAUCGCCGCAAUCCUCUAUCGCAACAGCAGCCGCGUUUUGACCACGGCCGUGAUUGAAUACCUGCCUGAAGACCUCCUAAAAAUAGCUCUGCGCCUUCCCCGUCCGUGGCUGGUUAGACCUGGACAGCAUCUUUACUUGUACAUUCCCUCCAUUUCGCUCUGGACCUCGCAUCCUUUUUCAGUAUGCUGGACCGACACGCUUGACACUCCCGGCUCCACCACAUAUACAGAUGAGAACAAUAUCAAGCCCCAACCAGAAGCAAUCUACAUCCUCGUCCGCCGCCGAACAGGCUUCACAGAGACACUAGCCCGCCGUGUCCGCCGGAGUGUGAAUCAGACCCUAUCGGUGCAUGCCCUUAUUGAAGGACCAUACGGGGCCAUUCAUUCGCUUGAUUCGUAUGGAACUGUUAUCUUGUUCGCGGGCGGGAUUGGGAUCACGCACCACCUUUUGUAUCUGAGGAGACUUGUGCGUGGACAGGUCGAUGGAACAGUCGCGGCGAGGAGAAUUACUCUAGUCUGGGUUGUUCGAUUGCUGGGGGAUGUAGAGUGCGUUGAAGACUGGAUUGGCAGUAUUCUGAGGAUUGGGAAGGGGAAAGAGGAGGAAGAAGAGUGUUGUAGUAGGAGAACAUCAGCUCGUGUGUUGCGGAUCCUAAUCUACGUCACUGGUGUGUGCGUCAACACGGAUGAGAUUAGUCGUACUGGGUUGGACAGUCAGAGCGAAAAGCAGGUGUUUAGCGGGCGGCCGAGCUUUGAGGAGGUGCUGGCGGUGGAGGUCAAGAAUCAGGUUGGGGCAAUGGGAGUGCUGUGCUGUGGCAAUGGGGAAUUUAAUGAUGAUGUACGGAGGGUGUGCAGGGAGGCGCAGAGUGGCAGCAGCGUUGAUUUCUUUGAGGAAAGCUUUACCUGGUGA